UCAGGGCAUCUUUCAACCUCAGCACUGGCUCUGAAUGUCCCCAUACUCUCAGCCAACAGAAGCUUUGUUGUUAAAUGUCAGAGGCUCUUUCUUUGGGCUGAAAUGAAGCUUAAUUAGGCCUGCUGACUCCUCCCCCUUAUCCGUGGAAGUACAUCAAAUGUAUAAAUCUCUGCUUCGUCCCCUCUACCUUGGCACUCACACAGAAAUCAGUCUCAACUGGAUGAUUGUUUCCACUUCUCCCUCUGGAAGGUGAAAAGCAUUAGCCGUCAAGAUGUGUAGGGGUUUGGCUGCAUUGCCCAGUACUUGCAUUGAGAGGGCCAAAGAGAUGAAAGUUCACCUGGGACAAUUUCUGCACAAAUCGAAAGCCAUUGGUGACUUUGACAAUCUUUCUCCUGUCAAACAAGACAAAGUUACAAAAAUCGCCAAACCCAGUGCUGAGGACACACUCCAAGGAGGUCAGCUCUUCGAGAAGCUCCUGGCUAACAAACAUGGUGUGGCUGCGUUCCGUGCAUUUCUUUGCUCUGAAUUCAGCGAGGAGAACAUUGACUUCUGGCUUGCCUGUGAAGAUUACAAGAACACAAAGACCAGCUCCAAACUCAUGCUCAAAGCCCAGAAGAUUUACGAUGAUUUUGUCAAAGUCCAGGCACCAAAGGAGGUGAACCUUGACUCACUGACCAGAGUAAUCGUGACCAGAAACUUGACCAAUCCCAACAACUCCUGCUUCCAAGUGGCCCAGGAGAGAACGUACAGUUUGAUGGAGAAAGAUUCCUUUCCCAGGUUCCUGAAGUCAAACGCAUUCUUUGAUUUGCUUAAAUACAUAUAGAAGUGAGAUGUCCUGCCGUGGGUUCGAUCCUUCUGUGUCUCAAGUCAUUCAGCAUUUCACUUUUCAGGCACUUGCUCUAGUUUUAGCCAAUUACUGCAGAUAUCAUUUGCUUAGUUUCAGCAAACUAUGUAGAUGCCUCAGUAGCCAUUUUGAGAUGCCCAGGCCUGCCAUCCCAGGGGGAAUGUUGUGAGAUUGAGAGAUAAUUGUGACCCAAUCCUGUCCUGUCUUAGAUUCAAGGAAGGUUAAAGGAUUUUUUUUUAAAUGUGCAGUCGAUGCAAUUAAACCCAGGAAACACAACCACAAUCACUUUGCAUGCACCAUUUGCAAAAAUUGAUGACAAGCUUGCGGUCUGUCUGUUAGUUCUUUUCCCGAGCUUUCGCACACAAAAUGCAAAUUGCACACACCAACUUCUGCAAACUGUUAAACUUUAUUAAAGCUUGUACAAGCUAGGUAACCUCUCUGAUACUCUUCGCGGGCAUGCCAAGUCGAGUCAAAAGAGAGACCCCAAAUAAAGAAAAUACAUCCCCUUUAUACAAGUCAGUUGGCAAUGUUACAGAUGCUCUGGCCAUUCCCUCAUUGUCACAUGCCACUCAAGACAAUCCCAAGUCACUCACAACCACAUGUUACCCUAGGUACAAUGGCAGGAUGAGAUCAUCCAUGGAGAUAAUGCAAAUGCUAAUGCCCUAAUCCUGCAUUCGUUAUGCAGCCAAUUUCCUGACUCAGUGUUUCUGCAAGACAAUACAGAUGCUGCAUACUUAGCUUCAUGGGAUGGCCAGAAAGCAUUGCUGAAUGGAAGAGAUUGAAUGAUAGUUUAACUUGACAAUAGCAAGGGAGAGCUGAAAAUGUGUUUCUGGAAAAGCACAGCAGGUCAGGCAGCAUCCAAGGAACAGGAAAUUCAAUAUUUCGGGCAUAAGCCCUUCAUCAUCAUCAUCAUCCUGUGCAGUCCUCACUUUCUCCUCAAUAGCAAGGGAGAGUAAUGGCAAAUAACCAUCUAAUUGGAAUGGAGGUCACUUGCAUUCCUUCAUGACUGUCAUCCCCACCCAAGGACAGUGCAGGUUAACCCUUUAAUAUUAAUGUCCAGAGAGAUAGUCCCAUUUAAUGUUUAAAAUUACAUGUCGAUGUAGUUAAAUAAAGUGAGCAUUGCAAUGACUUUAAUUGACUGAUAUUGGUAAUAGUCAUUGAGACUUUGAAAGAUAAUGUUGGGAACAGUGCCGAAAAGGAUUCAGAACUGGCCCCAUUGGCCUCACCAACCUGGAAUUGAUUUCAAUAUCACUUAACUAACAUCUGUCUGCAGAAAUGAGGCCAAGCUUCCUGUUGCCUGCAGCUUCAACACGUAACUGUGUUCCCUGGCCAAUAUCUCUGUCUCAGACUUACUGUAGGGGUCCAGCUCAACACACUUGAAGAACAGCAUCUGGACUCAAUCUCGAGUUCAAUAAUUUUAUGAACUUAAUCCCCACACUCCGAGCCUUGUUUUCACAUGGACUGCUACCAUUGCUAAUAAUUCCUUGUAAGCCAUUAAUGGUCUCCAUCAGGAGCUACUGAUUAUCCCAGGUUACCUUUUUACCUCUACUAUUGUUUUCUCUCUCAAUCUGAGCUCCAUCUCCACCUAAGGUUGCUUCCUACAACACCAACCGUCCUUUUGGGUUUUAUUUAGCGUUUUUCAGAGGGAUUGGAGGUCAUGUUGAACUAAGGAGGUUGGUCUGUCGGUGGCCGUCGCCAACCGUUCAGUUGCUAGUCUUCAAUCAUUGGCUGGUUAUGAUGUCAUUCCAUCGAAACUAUCUCCAGAUUGGUUGGUGAUUUCCUCACGCGCCACUCCCCCUCCUCCCCCCGCCCGCCGGUGAAAUAACGGACAUUCCCUCAGGUUGGGAGUGGUGGACAAAAUGGCUGCCAUGUACCCAUUCCCGCCAUUUUGGCAUCACGUGGAAGUUGCUGAGGUAAAGUGCCCUCCAUUUCGAGGCCCCCCGGUCUUCGCGGUUUGACCUGUGCGUCGGUUCGCUAACGGGCGUGGUCGAAGCCGAGGGUGAGUGACGGCGUCGAGAGACACUUCGCAGGUCACGUUAGCUUCGUUUACACCAGCAGCCCACCCGUUAGCAAUGCGCUCUCUCUCUCACUUUGGGGGAAUGGCGUGAGAUUUCGAGGAAUAAUUUCUACCCAGCCCCGUCCCUGACGGGGAAAUCAAAGUUUGAAGGGUUUUUGAAAAAAAAAGUGUCAACCAGAUCAAUGCGUAAAACAAUUUUAUUGUAGAGAGCAUAUUUUGGAACAUGUUCUUCAAGAGCUAUAAUGCUGUUGAUUGCGGAAUAAAUACUGCAUGCUGAUCUCUGUGUGGACACCAUUGGGAAACAGUGAGUCUUCAACCCUGAUUAACAAUAUCCAGAUUCAUGUAACAAAACGUAGAGAGGCUGGGAAUAAACCUUGAAUAGGACUACACAUCCUGAAUAGAACUAUUUGGAAUCACCAGUGUAAGGUAUCCGGUUAAAAUUGUAUAGAAUAAGGGAACAGGUGUUGCUUCUGCAAAAACUUGCAUCAUAAAAUUAGGCUGCACAUGCAAAUACUAAACAAUGAGAAGCGAAAACAGGUAGAAUUACCUAUGACUAAUAGGGCAACCGUGUAGCGGGAUGUACCAGUAACAGGAGAAUAGUGUACUAGUCGCAGGAGGGAUGUGGCCAAUGGUUGGAAUUUAGUUUGGCAGGAUGAUCACACGAAGACAGCAAACUAUGCCAGGAUAGUCACAUAUAAGGAAUGGGAUAAAUAAGAGUAAGACGCGAAAGGCUUAGAGUAAUGGGAGAAGUAAACAGAGGUGGAGUGAAGCUAGAGCUUGUGAUAGACUACGCGCUACAGCAAAAGUAACCAAUGGGGUGAAAGGGGAGGACUGAGAGACGCAGCUGAACUGCAUAAAUCAGAAUGUAACCCUCAGAUCGAGGUGCUUACUCGUUAGGCACCCGUUCUUGCAAAUAUGUAUCAAUAAAAUUUGCUGCUUCAGAAUUU